AAGAUAACAAGUUUUAGUAUAGGUAAAGAUCGUUAUAACUUCAGUUGUAAGAGAGACAAUUGUCAUCAGUUUGGUUAGAGAAGUGAACCUCGAAACAACUAUAAACUCAUUAUAAUCACCUUUUUCAACUAUCAAUAUUGUUAUUGUAUUAAAAGUGACACUGUUUUUUUUUAAAAUGCGGACAAACAAUGAAAACAAGACACCUCUUGCCUUUGAUAAUUUGACUUUCGAGCCAGAGAUUUUAGGCAAUAAUGUAACAAAAAUACAAUCAAACAUAAAUUUGGAAAAUGAAAAAGAAGAAAAUUCUAACAAAAAAAUUGAGGAACCAAAAAAAGCAAGCUGGAAUAAUAGCAUUGAAUUUUUAAUGUCAUGUGUUGCUUUAUCCGUUGGUUUUGGAAAUAUUUGGCGAUUUCCCUUUACUGCUUAUGAAAAUGGAGGAGGAGCAUUUUUGAUACCGUAUGUUAUUUUAUUAAUCCUCGUGGGAAAACCUUUUUAUUAUCUCGAAAUGAUAAUUGGUCAAUUCUCAGGAAAAUCAUCUAUCAAAGUUUGGAAAAUAUCGCCAGGAUUUGCAGGUGUUGGUUGGGCACAAUUGAGUUCAAAUAUAGCGUUAUCAACAUAUUACUGCUCUCUUAUGGCAAUAACACUUUUUUAUUUAAUCGUUUCCUUUUCUUCGGAAUUGCCUUGGUCUAAAUGUCAAAAAGAAUGGGGAGAUAAUUGCAUUGAUUCCGGUGCAACGAGACAUUCAAAUAACGUUUUCGUAUUUUCUAACGAAGAAAUAAGAAGCUCUGCCGAACUUUAUUUUUCAAAAGAAGUAUUAAAAGAAAAAGAUUCAAUUGACGAUGGAAUUGGAGUUCCAAAUUGGAAAUUAGUACUUUGUCUACUUGGCAGUUGGAUGACUAUUUGUUUGGUUCUAUCAAAAGGACUAAAAAGUUCAGGAAGAGCUUCAUAUUUUUUAGCAAUAUUUCCCUAUGUGAUUUUAAUUGCUUUACUUGUACGAGCCGUAACAUUGAAAAAUGCAUUAAAAGGAAUUUUAUUUUUCAUUAAACCCGAAUGGAGUAAACUUUUGGAACCAAAAGUUUGGUACGCAGCCGUAACACAAUGUUUCUUUUCACUUUCGGUUUGUUUUGGUGCUAUUAUAACAUACUCGUCACAUAAUUCCUUCAGGCACAAUAUAUACAGGGAUGUUAUCAUUAUCACUACUCUGGAUACAAUAACGAGCAUGAUUGCAGGAUGUACUAUUUUUGGAAUUUUGGGAAAUCUCGCAUAUGAGAUGGGAACUGAUGAUAUAAAAUCAGUUGUUCGUGCUGGCACGGGAUUAGCCUUUGUCUCAUAUCCUGAUGCAAUUGCCAAAUUUUCAUUUGUACCACAGGUAUUUUCGGUUCUAUUUUUUGUAAUGAUGUUCGUAUUGGGAGUUGGAAGUUGUGUUGGUAUGACGACAAGUAUCAUAAACGCUAUUACGGAACAAUAUCCAAAAUUAAAAUUUUGGCAAAUUUUGUAUCCAUUUUGUACAUUUGGAUUUCUUGUUGGCCUCGUGUAUGUAACACCGGGAGGGCAAUUUAUAUUAAAUUUAGUCGAUCAUUAUGGUACAUCAUUUGUCGUUUUUAUAUUGGCAAGUUUUGAAAUGAUGGGUGUAAUUUGGGUCUAUGGUUUGGAGAAUUUCUUGGAUGAUAUUGAAUUUAUGUUAAAUCAAGAGCCCAGUAUUUAUUGGAGAUUAUGUUGGUUUAUAAUAACACCGUUUACUUUAAUUACAAUAUUUUUAUACACUGUGAUAAUGAUGCAACCAUUAACUUAUGGUGGUAUUCCAUAUCCUACUUCAGCACAUGUAGCUGGUUCUAUAUUAUUAGCUUUUGGUGUUUUACAAAUACCAUUAUGGAUGUUGGUGGCGUUAAUUAAAAACAGAAGAUUACCAACUUUACAGAUGAUUCACAAAGCAUUUGCACCAUCUUCCGAUUGGGGACCAAGGGAAGAAAAGGAUCGUCAACAAUGGUUAAUAUUCAAAGAGGAUAAAGCAAAAUUGAGAUCAAUGAGGACAGAAUCUCGAAUUAUGCAAACUAUUCAUAUUCUAUUUAAAAGAAAAACAAACUAAUAAUGAACAAAUUUCGACAAAAAAAAAAAAUGUUAAUUAAAAUUUGUAAAUAGUAGUUUUAAGUUUAACUUUAAGUUUUUAAUUUAAUAUUUGUUAAUAAUGAUAUAACCAAAAAGUUAGUUACUUGUUAGUGAGUUACUGAUAUUUAUUUUUUUAAAAGAAAGGAACAAAUUUUGUUUUACACUGCCAUAUAUAUAACGUAAGCAUUAUUACUAACUUUAAAAUUGAAAAAAAAUUGAUUUUUGUAAAUUGUUGAUAAAAGUAUUUAUACGUAUAGAAUAUUUAAUUAUUUUCGAAAAAAAUAUUUGUUGUGUAUAUGCAAAAUUAAAGUCACAAAAAUGUUAGUAAAAAUAUUGUAAAAAAAAUUAAUAUAUAAAAAUAUUGUUGACCUUAAAAAUAUUUUAAUAAAUUGUGAUAUUAUUAUAACAA